AUGGUGACAGGGACAGGGAGCACGACAGAUCUAGAGGGAGAGACAGAGAUCCCAUCGGUCGAGACAACAGGGAGCGGGGUCGCGACGACUCACGAGACAGGAACCGUGGAAGUGAUGCUGCUCGAGACAGGGACCGAGGCCGUGAGCAUUCUCGGGAGAGAGACCGCGGCCGCGGCUCCUCUCGUGACAGGGACUGGGGUCGGGAUGAGAGAGAUCGGACGAGGGGUAGGGAUCGUGACUCUUUUGACAAUACGCGAGACAGAGCUCGCCAAUCGGGCGGCCAGGGUCAGGGAAGGCCUAUCGAACAACGGCCCAAUGAUGCAGCCGAUGGGAGGAAAUAUGCCGAUGAUGCAGCCUAUGGGCGUGCCCGGGGCUCCCAUCUUCCCUCCCCAGGGUGGUGGGCAUGGGCAAAUGGUGUUCACGACAACUCAGCGGCCCCAGCCCAAGCUGCCAGGGCCGCACACUCGCACGUACAACAUUUUGCCCAUGAUUUCGUUCAAGGCGUUCAUGGCGGAGCAGCGCGACGAUGUGACACCAGAGGAAUGCAAGCAGCGCUACGACGAGUACAAGGCCGACUACGUGCAACGACUGACACACAGCUUCAUUGAUGUGCACUGCAAAGAAGAAUGGUUCCUCGAACGGUACCACCCAAAGAGAGCUGAAUCAACGAGGUACGCCAAACUGAAGUGGGUGGACAAGGAGUCGGCCGUUUUCGGGGAGCAGCUACGCGCCAACCCGCGGUUGUUCGUCGCCAGCGCUUCGCUUGAUCCUAUUUCCGAGGAACAGCGCUGGGGUGGCAUGGAUAAACGCAAGAAGCGCCCCCGCAACUCGAGUCGGGAGGACGCUUCGGUUGACGCUAUGGAAGAAGACUUGGAUCAACCGGGCGAGACAACGCCUCAGGACGAUAAAGACGAUGGCGACGCCGACUACGACGUGGAUGCGAAGGACAUUUCCGCACACUCCGACAAGGUGGCCUUCAUUCGCCGGAUCCCUGCGUGGGUGUCGACGGACGAGCUUGGACGUCAGAUUGUUGAGGAGGCGCCCCAGCACGAACGCAUUGUUUGCUCGGACGCGGCGAACACGCGCAACGACGACUUCGCCCGCUCAGCGUACAUUGUCUACGAUACGCCUGAGAAAGCGACGAAGGCUGUGCAGCAGCUGAACAAGAUGCGCAUCUAUCAAAAUUCCAGGCCCAAAACCAAAAUCGCCAAGAAGCAGAGCGGAGACGGGAGGUACUUCGAGCUGAAGGUGUUUUCCUACCAGCCGCGCAGCCAAAACUCGGUGGAUCACGACUUCUCCACGGCGAACCGUGUCGCUCAUGACAGCAAGCAGAGCCUGAAGGUUGCGAAGGCGCUUGACGAGGAAUUUCGUCGGGCCGAAAGCACCGACGGCAUCACGGCGCUUCUCGCGGAGCCAGAGGUCCAGGCUGCGCUUGCAUCGUCGUCGUCAGGGGCUGCCCAACUAGAUCUGGUGUGCGCUUACAUGAAGCGUGUCUAUUUCUACGUGUACUACCGGGGGCAGGAGUGCAGGGACGAGGGGGACAUGAUCGCCUCAAGGGGAGCAGGUCGCGGUGUUCCGGCAGCAUCCAAGGAAGAAAUUCAAGAGGCCAUGAGCAAGGCGGACGCCGUGGAGGGCACGAAUGGAAACGGUGUUGCGGAAGCAAGCGUGGGUUCGACCGACAAGGGCGAGACGGGGCAGACCAGCAGACGUGGAUCCGGAACAGAGUUUGUGGACGCUCGUUCCGCUGACCGGAUUAAGCAGGCGGAAAAUGCAGAGGAGACGCGCAAGAAAGACCAGGCGUUUGUUGAGCGCUACGAUGAGCGCGUCAAAGCGGAGGUGACAAAGUGGCAAGCCAUGAACACGGGUCGCACCGAUGAAGGCUACGCCCGCUGCUUAAUGCCCAACUGUGGGAAGCUCUUCAAGGCCCCGGAGUUCGUCCACAAGCAUCUGGUCAACAAACAUCCUGAGAAGUACAAGCUCGUACUCGAUCAGGUGGCGGACCCUUUCGUGCGCGAGUUGCUAAUGGCAGAUGACAACAAGCCCCUGCCUAACAUCGUGGCGGACGCGAACACUCCUCCCGUGGUGCUUUUGCCGGGUGCAAUGGCGAUGGGUGGGACGCUUGGAGGCAUGCCUCAGGGCCCGCCUCCUAUGGGCGCUCCGGGGUUCCCGAUGAUGGGCGGCGGUAUGCCGAUGGGCAUGGGGGGCAUGAUGGGGCCGAUGGUCCCGGGUCAGAUGGGCGGGAUGGGCGACUUUCCGAUGCAGAUGCCGAUGCCGCCGGAUGCCAUGAUGGGUUCAGCCGGGCGCGGCUUCAGAGGCAGGGGCGGUGGAGGUUUCCGCGGCAGAGGCGGUCCCGGGGGGCGUUUCGGAGGACGAGGCAUGGGGAGGGUGGACAGCAUGCCGGAGCCGACGGGACCGAGGGACCCCAGGAGCCUCGUAUCUUACGUUGACGUGGAUGCCCCGAAGGAAACAACACCGAACUUGGACUACGGCGAUGCGUUCCCUUCCAAGUCUAAGAAAAAGAGGAAGACCAUGUAACCAGAGCCCAACAUCGAUACGGCGGCGGUGUUUGUGGUGUUUGCAUGUGGCUUGGCCAGCUUCUUGCGUCACACUGUUCUGUAGCAAAAGUGGUCGUCGCAGGCAGUAGCGCUUAGGAUCGAUAUCAGAUCAGGAGUGGGUUGGUCUUUGAGCACGCGAAUACCUGGGCUUAUCCUUUUAGGGUUGGAUUGUUUUUACGCGGCUUGACCUUGCCCAGCAAGUGCUGUAUUCAAUCUUGUGGCAGGUGUUGACUGCAGGUGCUGCAUCAGACAAUCCCGUCGGCAUCAGACAUUAGGAUUCUGCGGGUCCGUACCAAAAGAGGGUAUGUUUGGCUAGUCGUGACCAGAACUGGAAGCUUACCCGGCACGCGCUGGAAGCAGUGUUCGCCUUAGUUAAUUAUUUGUGGAUGGUGAAGGCGUGGAUCAAGAUGCGCGUCCCCUCUCGUCUACCUUUGGGACGGGCGUUAGACGCAACAGGGGGUUGUUGGAUGUAGAGAUUUCAGACGUCGCUGUAUGGAACUCAGCCGUCGCAGGGGCGGCGGAUGAUUCUGCGGAUGUGGUGUGAAGGUGUCCACAGAGGUUCUUGUGUACCAGCAUGUUCGCGCUACAACUGUAGGCAGAUCCAUGGUAGUUACCACCACGUCCCGAGGUGGAGUGUGAAGCCGAGUUUUUAGGAUGGACAAUCUGGCGCUGGCAUCUAGAGUGCCUAGCUUUCCACAAAAAUGAGGUGCUGCAACAAAUUGAGGAUGUAGGUGCUUGCUUUCGGGUAUCGAUUGAUGUGAUGCACCCUCGC